AUGUUGUUCCUCCUGUAUUGGCUGAACUGGUUCAUCUUCCUCAACUGCUCCUCAGCAGUUCUGCUUAAGUACAGACAUCUGGCAGAAGCUCUGAAUAAUCACACGGAUGUGGGGGUUGGGCCUAUAGUUCUGGCUCAUCUAUACAAGAAUCUACAUACUGCUACCUUGGAGAAUCCUCUAAAUCUGUCUGCUCCUGGCGCAUUCUGGAUGAUCCAGAUUUGGCUGCAAGUGUACUUCCCAGAACUGAGGUUUCCAGACAUCAUUCUGCCUGAAGACCAGGUUAUGGCUCAUUCAUUGAUGUCAGCAGAAGUGCCCAAGCGCUCCAUUGAAGAAUACUUGAUGUAUAGACUAUUCGAUAAAGAGCCAGAAGAAGAAGAAGCCACGAUUGAUUUCAGGAAGAAGUUCCUGGGUGUAACGAUGCCCAGGGACAUGCCAUUUGGUGGAGGCACUCCCAACUAUCAUCUGGGGAAAGUGUAUCACCCCAAUUUCUGCGCUAGGCAACUUGGCUGUCCUCAACUAAUUCCUCUUAAGUCAUCCAAAAGCUGCAGAUGUUCAAUUAAUAAAAUUAACAACAGUGUGGAUGCUCUCUAUCCAUCAUGGGAGCCUAAUUCCUGCAGUUCUACCAAUUUUGACGCUUGGUGGAAGGCUAGGUUUUUUGGCCUAAGGGACGCAAGCACUGCUGUAAAGGUGUUGUUUGACACCUGGGAUGCUGGCACUGUCUUAGGAGAAUCAGAUGCCAAGAAGUUUAUUGUACAUCUUGUGAAGGGCAUAAAUGCUCAAGUAAUUGAAGGACAAGCUGUUCAAUCUGGGGAGGUGAUUGGCAAGUUUCUGAAUUCUGCCCUCAUAGACCUGGAGCUCCCCUUUGGUGAUGAGGAGGAUGAUCAUGUGACUCUGGCAAAACCAAUUGUUGAGGCAACCCCUGCCAAAAAGAACAAAAGAAAAGAGACUACUCAUGCUCAGGACAGUGUUGCCCAGCCCGAAUCUCCAGAAGGAAUAGGGAUGAGACUAAGGAUUUCGAAUUCACCAUUGCAAAACCAACUCCAUGCUUAUAAAAUUAAACCGUAUUCAACUACCAACUUGUUUCCAGAGUUCGUUUUACAUAUAUAUGAUCAGCCAUAUGAUGUGUGGUUUGAUCAAAUUCUCCUAAUCUGCAACCUAAUUGGGAUGUUCAACUUUGGUUCCAAGUUAAAAGUCAUUAGCAUGCAAGAAAACGUGAAAGAACCAAAGAAAACACACGGCAGGAUGUUUGCAUAG